GAGCUUCUUGCAGUCUUGCUCCCUGGAAAUGCCGACUAGGAUGUACGGGUCUUCAAUGUUAUGCAUGGGAAAGUGAACUCGCCAUCGUCUCCCAGUGACGGACGCUCGAUAAGCACCUUUUUGACUUGGUUAUGAUCAUCGAUAUUACAGUCGAUCAUCGUGGUGUCUCGACUCUCUUCUACCCCGGAUAAAUGCUUUGAUAAGGUUGACGAUGCCAGGUUAUAUGUGGGCCACAUAUAUCAACCCAUCGGUGUUGCCAUGCGUCACCAUCCCUAUCUUCAUUGAACUUCCCUGCGCUUGCAUUACGAGCUCCUCCGGGGCCGUCAUUGUUUAAUCCAUCUGAAUCCAGACCUAAAGCACCAUGUCGCAAAUCAGCCUGGAUGCCUUCACCCCGGCCGAGGUGAUCGAAUUCGUUGGGCGUGCUGGAGUUGCUAAGGGCAAUAUGCGCCUCGACAAAAUCUUCUUCAGUGCAGUGUCGGCUGGGUGUCUGCUUGCCUUCGCCUGUGGGACGGUCCUCAGCACCAACUCCACGCCCUGGUUCCAGGAAAACGCCCCGGGGCUCAUUCGCACGAUCAGUGCCAUGGUCUUCCCUUACGGCUUAUGCAUGAUUAUCUUAACGGGAGCUGAUCUUUGUACCGGAUCCUUCAUGUUCACCACCGUGGCUGCUCUCCAACGCCGGCUGCCGUGGGAUAAGAUGUUGAUUCACUGGAUCGUCACAUUCUUUGGUAACCUAGCUGGGUCACUCUUCGUUGUUGCCAUUAUAUUCGGAUACGGCAACGUCUUCUCCGCAGAUCCUUUCAAGUCCCAAGUGAUCGCCUUCGCCACGAAAAAGCAAGUCACUCCUGAUUUCCAUAUGAUCUUCCUCCGCGGCAUCGGAUGCAACUGGCUCGUCUGCCUCGCCUGCUUCUUCGGCAUCCAGGGCCGGGACCUCACCUCCAAGAUCAUCGGCAUCUGGUGGCCGAUCUUCGCGUUCGUCUCUCUCGGGUUCGAUCACGUCGUGGCCAACAUGACCUUCAUCCCGCUAGCUAUCUGGGUCGGCGCUACCGAAAUCACAGUGGGUCUGUACAUCUGGAAAGGAAUCAUCCCGACCUUGAUCGGCAAUAUCUUGGGUGGAGGUUUAUUCUGCGGUGUUUACUAUUGGUACAUGUACUUGCUCCAGACCGACUCGAUGACGGUCACUGGAAUCAAACGUUUCGGCCACUCCAGGUCUGAAGUUAGCAGCAUGACUGUGAAGAAGGGCGAUGUGGAGUCUGGUGUCGGGGUGGUGGAUAACUCCCCCGCUGCACUUGGUAGUUAA